CUCUUAUCUCCCUCUUCCUCGCUCGAGGAGCUUUGAGCUCGACAUCUAUGGCUGCUUCGGCUUCGGCUUCUGCAUUUGACACUUUCUUGUACUCGCACUCAAUAAACCCUAGCAUCGGUCUCGCAAUUCUCUCUUAUCCGAGACGAAUUCGUUCCUCGCCUAGAGUUUCGAGGGAAAUCGGUUGCCUCCGACUCCAGAGCCGCCGGCGAUCAGAUCGGAAUGUUCCCUUUCGCCGGUUCGAUCGCUUCUCCUGCAACUGCCUCUCUGCAGUUUCCACGAGUUCCACCGAUUAUGAGUUCAUGGAUACUGGCUCUGAAGUGGAACUAAGGCUACGUCUAAAGUCUGGAGAAAAUCCUUCUCCAAAAGAUAUAUAUGUAGACGCAGACGGGACAUCUUUACUUGUUAAGGAACAGAGAUAUGGAAUGCAGAUUACACUUCUGGAAACUAACCAACUCUUCGAAAAAAUAAAGCCCUCUGAAACGAUAUGGUAUAUAGAUGAUGACCAGCUAGUUAUAAACAUGAAGAAGCAGGAUGAAGAACUGAAAUGGCCUGAUAUUGUGGAAUCUUGGGAGUCUUUGACAGGAGGAAUGAUGCAACUCCUCAAAGGGGCAUCUAUUUAUAUUGUUGGAGACUCAACUGAAAUAAACCAAAAAGUGGCUCGGGAACUAGCAGUUGGCCUUGGGUACAUGCCUCUGGACACGAAGGAGCUGCUGGAAACCUUUUCCAAGCAAACAAUCGAGUCUUGGGUUAUUGCAGAAGGGCCAGAUUCUGUAACAGAAGCCGAAAAUUUCGUGUUUGAAAGCUUGAGUAGCCAUGUCAGAACGGUUGUGUCAACGUUAGGAGGUGAACAUGGAGCCGCAAGGAGAGCAGAUAAAUGGAGGCAUCUUUACGCUGGAUUUACCGUCUGGGUAUCCCGGACAGAGGCCGCAGACGAGGAAUCGGCAAAAGAAGAGGCAAGAAAAAUCAAGAAAGAGGGUGGAGGAGGAGGAGGGCACUCGAAGGCAGAUGUGGUGGUGAAGCUGAAGGGGUGGGAAGAGGAACAAGCAAAGAGAGUGGCACAAGGCUGUCUCAGUGCACUUAAACAGCUCAUCAUCUCAGACAAGGGACUUCCAGGAAAGAAGAGUCUGUACAUAAGGUUGGGAUGUAGAGGGGAUUGGCCUAACAUCAGGCCUCCUGGCUGGGAUCCCUCAACUGACGCCGCUGGAGCUACCUCGCCAUAAUCACCGCCUGCUCAAUCGAUAUACACAUGCUCCGAUGAUGACGUCACUCUGCACUAAACUCUUUUCUUGCGUUGUUAACAUGAUUCCGUCGCUUGUUGGUGAGGCCUUAAUUGUAAGAAUCCUUUUCUCUUGGCAUCACCAGGAAAGUUCGUGUGUACAUUUUGUUUUAUUCGCCAAGCAAGCACGAGCUCUGGAAUUUUCAGUGUCAA